AUGUUCGCUCCCAGAAUCCAGACCCGUGCCUUUUCGGCCUCUGCCCGCCAGCUCUCCAAGGUCGCCGUCCUCGGUGCCGCCGGUGGCAUUGGCCAGCCCCUCUCCCUCCUCCUCAAGCUCAACCCCAGAGUCACCGAGCUUGCUCUCUACGAUAUCCGCGGCGCCCCCGGUGUCGGUGCUGAUCUCUCCCACAUCAACACCAAGAGCACCGUCAAGGGCUACGAGCCCACCGCCUCCGGCCUCGCCGAUGCCCUCAAGGGCUCCGAGAUUGUCCUCAUCCCCGCCGGUGUCCCCCGCAAGCCCGGCAUGACCCGUGACGACCUCUUCAACACCAACGCCUCCAUCGUCCGCGACCUCGCCAAGGCCUGCGCCGAGUCCUGCCCCGAGGCCAACAUCCUCGUCAUCUCCAACCCCGUCAACUCCACCGUCCCCAUCGUCUCCGAGAUCUUCAAGAAGGCCGGCGUCUACAACCCCAAGCGCCUCUUCGGUGUCACCACCCUCGACGUCGUCCGCGCCUCCCGCUUCGUCGCCGAGAUCAAGAACACCGACCCCAAGAACGAGAACAUCACCGUCGUCGGCGGCCACUCCGGUGUCACCAUCGUUCCCCUCUUCUCCCAGAGCAACCACCCCGACCUUUCCUCCAACGACCAGCUCGUCCACCGCGUCCAGUUCGGCGGUGACGAGGUCGUCAAGGCCAAGGACGGUGCCGGUUCCGCCACCCUCUCCAUGGCCAUGGCCGGUGCCCGCAUGGCCGAGUCCCUCCUCCGCGCCGCUCAGGGCGAGAAGGGCGUCACUGAGCCCACCUUUGUCGAGUCUCCCCUCUACAAGGACCAGGGCAUCGACUUCUUCUCCUCCAAGGUCGAGCUCGGCCCCAACGGUGUCGAGAAGAUCCUCCCCGUCGGCCCCGUCGACGAGAUCGAGCAGAAGCUCAUUGAUGCUUGCCUUGUCGACCUCAAGAAGAACAUCCAGAAGGGCAAGGACUUCGUCGCUGCCAACCCUGGCAAAUAA